GCAUGCGCCUCACUGCUCCAGGAGUGCUGUUUCGGCCUGUUCCGCGGCCGCUCGGUCAUUUUCGCCUCUUUGUUGUACUGAUAGUGGAUUUAACUCGGAUUCAACCCAAUAUCCAGCGGACCGUGCUGCUCCCAAACAGGCUCCAAUGAGAGGCUCUCCAUGAUGAGGAGCUAACACUGUCGGCCUCACAACCGCAGGAAGAGACGUGGCUGCUGCACCAUCCACAGUCGACGCAUGGCGGUAUUAGGGAACCCCGACAUGCUGACGAGGAAGAUAAAGCUGUGUCAUAUCAACGCCCACAUCACAUGUCGUCUGUGUGAUGGCUACCUGAUCGACGCCACCACUGUCACCGAGUGCUUACACACCUUCUGUAGAAGCUGCCUAGUGAAGUAUCUGGAGGAAAACAACACAUGCCCCACAUGUAGGAUUGUUAUUCAUCAGAGCCACCCACUGCAGUACAUCGGCCAUGACAGAACAAUGCAAGACAUUGUCUACAAGUUGGUACCGGGACUUCAAGAGGCGGAGAUAAAGAAGCAGCGGGAGUUCUAUCAGAAGUUGGGGAUGGAGGUGCCUGGAGACAUUAAAGGAGAGCUUUGCAACAUGAAGACUCAUCUAGAUCAACGCAAUGGCGAUACAAAAUCCGAGGAGACGGCCAAUAAGGAGGCAGGAGAGGAGAAACCAGAAGAGGACAACGACUAUCACCGAAGCGACGAGCAGGUCAGCAUCUGCUUGGAGUGCAACAGCAGCAAGCUCCGAGGUCUGAAGCGCAAGUGGAUCCGCUGUUCAGCACAAGCCACAGUCCUCCACCUCAAGAAGUUCAUCGCCAAAAAGCUUAACCUGACGUCAUUUAAUGAGCUGGACAUUUUAUGCAAUGAGGAGAUCUUGGGAAAGGACCACACUUUGAAAUUUGUUGUUGUGACAAGAUGGAGAUUUAAGAAAUCCCCCCUCCUGCUCCAUUACAGACCCAAGAUGGAUCUGCUGUAGCUAAAACGGACACAACGGUGGUUGUUAUGUUUUUUUUGGCCCAGUGGCCGCAGACUGUGCCGAAACCUUUUUGUUUUUAAUUUAUGCAAAGACGAUCAACCAACACCAAGCAAACACCCCCGACGGUAAAAGUCAACACAAGCCAGCAAAUCGGGAUCUAAAGGGGCGGGGCGGGGGGGGCAACUACAAGAAAAACCGGCAACCUCCAGCACAGCACUGCAACACUGGUGUGUUUUUAGGAACUAAAACAACCUUUUUUUUUUUGUCCGCUACAUCCUAGAUAUGUGAACAACACGAAAAAGAAAAAAAAAAAACUAAUGGAGAGAAAGCAUAUAUUUAUACUUUUGUACAGAAGAGACACAUGGAACCAAGACACUACUGGUGCUCUGUUUACACGCAAACAAGAUGUCGGGAAUCAAGUGACCGUCUUUUUGAGCUUCAUGCAGAUUUCAUCCUCCUGAGACAAUGACUGAGAGGGGAGGAGGUUUUUUUUUUUUUUUUUUAUAUAUAUAUAAAAAGGUGUUUUUUCUUCAACAAUACACUUGACACGUCUUGGGAGCACAGAAAGUAUAUGGAAAAAGUUAUAUAACAGGCAUCAAUUCUUAGCUGUUUAUCAAGUAAAUUGUCUCUGAAUCUUUUUUUUUUUUUCCUUCAUUUUGUUGGCUUUGUCUAAUUUGCUAUUGGGUUCUUGAUGAUUGUCAAUUGUGAAUAGGCUAAAAAAUUUGUGUAGUAAUUUAUGUUCUAUAUACCAAUAUUGUACAUACAAAAUGUCAUUACAGAGAGAGAGAGAGAGAGGCUGAAGAGAGUAAGAGAGACUUUAGACUGUUUUAAAAAAAAAAAUGAAGUGGAUCCCAGAAGUGCUAUCUAUAUUUGGGGCGGUAAGUGUCCGGAGGCGGUAAAUUGGGAUUUUUAAAGACAGACUCACUAUCAGUAUCAAAAAUAUAUAGAUGCAUCUUUAUGUUGUCUGAGAAAGACACAAAACAAAUAUAUCAAAAUCCUCUGCCAUUUGUGUGUAUGUGGGAUCUGAGUGUUUUAUUGCUCUCAUAGCAUUACAAGACUUUAAGCUUCAAAAGUACCUCCCCCCCCACACCCUAAUGCUCCUUAUCUCACCUGCCUUCCCUGUUGUUUUUUUGUUUGUUUUUUUAAGACCUCAACAUCAACAAAUUAUGUCUUAACAAUAAUUACACAAAACACUCAUGUUCAAAAAUGACCUGCAGGACAUACAAAUGCAAUAUUUAGGCAGAGAACUUGUUCAUUUUUUUUUUUUUUGUAGAUUUCACACCAUGCAGUCCUUUAAUAUCCGUCAUUGUGUUUCUGUAGCACCAGGCAGGCACAGCUUUUGGGUUGAGCUGCUAGCAGCAGAUGUUUGCACCCUGCACCCUCCAUAAAUUUCAUUUUCAUUCCGCUACAUUUGCAAAACUCUCUCAAAGCUGCAAUAGAAAUGAUUUGUGUAGCUUGUAAAAUACACGGCAGUCUCACUUGUCUUGUCAUGACAAAUUGAAGCUGCGUCUUGUCCUAUUUUGCCCAAAUUUAAUUCUGGUGUGAAGUACGGACAUUUUCUCGCCCACCGUGAAGUGGGUUGACAUUUGUAAGUUAAGAGCAAAACAUGGUAAACUGCGAGCUUUCUCUUCAGAGCUGGACUUCCUCGGUAUGACACAUCACAGACGGGCCGGUUUGAUAAACAUGCAGAUUACUGACGUGACAUUGUUGUGUUUAUGGGGUAUUUUUCAGUUACUUCUCACUGCCAGUUGGAGUUGCAGAUGCGCAAAGUUACACUGUUUAAAAAAAAAAAAAAUUCUGAAAGUCAAGUGGAUAUUAUUUUUUUGUCAGGAAACCAGUAUAAACUUUGGAUUUCUUUUGCAGGAUAGCCAGUGUUCAAUAUUGUUGACGUCACAAGACACAAAUUUUCAAGUAUUUUUUGAGAACUUGCAAAUUCAGGUUUUGCACAGGGAGGUUUUUUGAGCAUUUUGAUAAUGAAUUUCUGAAAAAAAGAAAUGACUACUGUUUUCGGUCAUUUGGUGCUUAUAAAUGUAUGUUUCUAAUCUUGAGGAGGAUUGUUCCUCAGGAACUAGCUGUUCUCAACUGUGUGACACAAAUGUCUUUACUCACAACAUUCAUAGUAAACUGCUAAACUGUCUUUAACGUUACCACAACUGGAUCCUGAAACGCCAUGUCAGACCUCAAGUAGUAUUACCUCACUGACCUUUCUGUAACUAAACAUCAAUUAUUUCCCCUUUUGCAUUGUAUCUGUCCACUACACACUGUUUUGUCUGUGUGUUCACAUACAGGGUUCUUAUGCAUCAUUAGGCUCCAAAAGUCUGGAAAAAAUAUAUUAAUUUGGCAACUUUCUUUCAAUUGGUUAACAAGUCUGAAAGGUAUGACACACAGACGUUUGUUGGAAACCCUCUUGUCAUGGUAUUUGCAAUUUUGUCUAGUGAUCUUCAGGCAAAAAAGUCAGUCGUCUCAUCCACCAUUGUAUAUCUAUCGUACUCUUUAAAGCCGAGAUCUGGAGAUUUGGAUAUGGAGAAAUGUAUAGGAACCCUGCCACAGAAGGACCUAUGACGUGUGUAUUAAAUGGACAUUUUUUUUAUAGCCUACAGGUCUGUACUCAACCAGCUCAACCAAAACUCCUCCUGCAGUCUUUGAUCUCUGUGUGUUUCAGUCCCCUUCUUAUGGCAACCUUUAUGUUUCAAGGUUCUCAAUCCAGUAACCUAUGUAAAGGGUUCAUUGUUUUUGGUUUUUAUUACGGUAUCUACAAUCCUAGUAAAAAUGGGUUAAAACGAGAUUUGAAUGCAAAUGAGUUACACCAGCUGCUGGGACCCUGGUAUACCUGGGUGAAAAUCUGAAUAU